ACAGGUCCUGGAAGCGUUGGAGUUCUGGGCCGCUUCCUGGCCUCGGACGGAGGAAGAGUCUCAAGGAAGCCUUCGGCGUGGAGAAGGGGAGAAGCCCGCCGGGAGAGGCAGCCUUCCGUUUUAGGAAGCCAAUCAUAAGAAAAAUUGCAAUUGCUUUUUGAGAUGAUAUGAAAUUAAUUUUACCUUGGAAUUAAACUUUACUGAGAAAUUAUGGUUCGACUCACACUGGAUCUAGUUGCCAAGAGCGCCAACCAAAAGAACAGAAAAGAGGAGAGUAUUACACAGUAUUUGAAGAAAAUAACUCACCUAAACUUUUCAAACAAAAACAUAGAUAUAAUUGAUGACCUCUCUCUAUGCAAAAAUCUUAGUGUUUUAUAUUUGUAUGAUAACAACAUUAGCCAAAUUGAUAAUUUGAGUUUUGCAACAAAUCUAACACACCUGUAUCUACAGAACAACUGCAUAUCAUGUAUAGAAAACCUCAAAUCAUUGAGAAAACUUGAGAAAUUGUAUCUGGGUGGCAACUACAUUGCUGUAGUAGAGUGUUUAGAAGGACUAGAAGAGCUCAGAGAACUACACAUUGAAAGCCAGAGGCUUCCUCUUGGAGAAAAGCUUCUUUUUGAUCCAAGAACUCUUCAGUCUUUGGCAAAUUCCCUCUCUAUAUUAAAUAUCAGCAAUAACAAUAUUGAUGAAAUAAAAGACUUAGAAACACUGGAGAACCUCACUCAGCUUAUAGCAGCUGACAACCAACUUCUUCAUGUGAAGGAUUUGGAGCUGUUACUGACCAGGUUGCCCAAAUUAUGGAAAAUGGAUCUGAAUGGAAAUCCUGUCUGCCUCAAGCCAAAAUACAGGGACAGACUGAUCUUGAUAUCCAAAUCUCUAGAAAGUCUUGACGGGAAAGAAAUAAAACAAGUAGAAAGACAGUUCCUAAUGAACUGGAAGGCAUCCAAAGAUGCCAAGAAAAACAUGAAGAAAAAGAGUAUGCUAUGGGAUGCUUCAACCCCUCCAAGCAAAAGUGACUUUGAAUCAACCCAUCAACGAAUUCCUGGUUAUUACAGUCCCCCGCAGAAAGCUGAUCGUGAAGCUUAAGCAAAACCUGAUACCCGGAAGGAUGCACCUGAACCUUCACAAAGCACCUUUGCCCCUGAUGUGACACUUAUAUUUAAUGAUGUCUUUUUGAUUUAAAAAAAAAGAUCUAAACUAUAGGCAUACAUA